UUUUCUCCUUCACAUGGCCUCUCAAUCUAGGGUUCCCCGUCCGGUGGACGACGGUGGCGGCGGUGACGGCGGAGACCCUCCGCCACCUCCUCGCCGUCGGUUGAGGUGGCUUUCCGGCCUUAUCUCUGGCGCCGGCAGGCUUAUAUCUUCCGUCCUUGACUCCCCCUCCUUCUCCUCGGAAGAUGAUGAUGAUUUGCUCUCUGAGGAAGAUGAGGAUUCUUAUGCACAGUCUAAAAAUCUUGUUGAUUUAAACCAGAGUGGGAAGAAUUUGGAGCAGGCCAUGGACAUGAAUGCUAGAUCAUUAGCAAUUGACACAAAAGACCAUUCCAAAGAUGCUAUUGAGAAGCUGCUUGUGCAAGAGACUUUCUCCAGGGAUGAAUGUGAUAAACUAUCAAAGAUAAUUCAAACACGAGUUGUAGACCCACCAUCUGUUGAGGUCAGUAGAUAUGGUAUGCAGAAGGAACGUCUCAGUAGGACCAACAGCAAUAUUGUUUCUCCUCCAGAAGCUCGAUGGCCUGUGGACCAUUUAACAGAACUGCCAGAAACAAUCCUUUAUAGUUCUCCUAGACUGAGUCCUAUUUCUCCUAGGAAGUGGCUUCUCCAUAGCCAAGAUCUCCACAGCACUGCUGUCAUGGAAGCAAAAAAAUGGUUAGAGGAGAAGAAGUCAUCACCAAACUCAAAAUCUGAUUUAAAUUCUUCACCUUGCACUGAUGUGCCUCAAUAUUGUCUUGGAGGUGAAAUUGGUUCACCAGUGGAGUUGGCCAAAUCAUACAUGCAAUCCCUUCCACCAUGGCAGUCUCCAUCAUGGAACAGUAAAAUGUGUAUUGCUGGCCAAGCUUACAAGGACGAAACCUUAAUAUCCACCACCAGCUAUUUGUUCUCUUCAUCUAAGGAUCUGAAAAGGAAGUAUCAGGCCUUUGAAUCGAGGGAUACCCUUUACGAAAUACGAAGAAUCCGCCAAAAAUUAAUAAAUAAUAGAUCUGAGAGCUCCAAUUUCCAUAAACUUGAUUUUUCUGCCAGAUUGUUAGAGUCCUUAUCACCAUUUGGUAAAGGUGAUACAGAUGUUGCAGCCAGUUACCAAAUAUCUCUGCCUGCUACAGAACCAGCAGACCAUAUAAACUUGCCUGCUAAAUUGUCCACAAAACCACCUGAGAAAGAUCAUUGUAUUGAUGAAGCUUGUGUGUUGAAUGUUGAAGCAGCUGUUGAUGCAAGUCAACCAGUGGAUGCCGCUUCAUUUGACAUUAAUUUAGAUGGUGUUGAAGCUGUGAAUCCAGUAUUGCCUACACAUGGAAACUCAAUACCAGUGGACAUGCCUAUGGAGCCUGUAAAAUAUAAUUCUGGACUGGGAGAUGAACCUAAAUCAUGUGAGCCUGCUGUUGUUUUAUGUGCAAAACAGGGAUUAGAACCAUUGCAGAUUGAUAGCCUAGUCAAGGUGGGAGUCAUUUGUGAUUCAACUAGUUUAACUCCCAUGGACAACGAGCAUGAUGGCAAAAGUGUAAAAUAUUCCCAACCAACAAUGAUGCCAACAGAGGAAACUAAGUCUGACUCAGGUGAUGCUGAUAUUCACACUACUGCAAUGAAUAUUAUUAGUUCAGGAGAAAGGGAAGCAGUACAAAUUGAGGAUUCCUCAUUGCCACAUCUGGGCCUAGCUCACAAGGAAUCCGAUACUACUAUUGGGACAAGGUCAACCGGAGGAAAUGAUCAGAUUCAGAAAGGAGCAAAUGAAUGCACAAAUGGAAAUGAUGCCAACUGUUCUCCAACUGGACUAGUUACAGUUCAAGUAGUUGAAUAUGUUGGCUACCGGCAUCCGGCCAACUCCAGCAAUGGGGAACUUGCUGCAUUGGCCAUCUCUGAUGGACCUUUCCAGGCCAAGACAAAAGGCCUUCCUGUUGAAACCAAUGCUGGUAUAGGCAAAUCAAGAAAUGGCACAUCAGUGAGGUCAGUUAAGCGGAUGUUGAGUGAAUCCAAGAAUGCAAAACGAGCAAAGGAAAGAAAAACAGCUGGAAACCCUAGGAGAUCAAAAGGAAAGGUUAAAGGGAGCAGUGAUUAGUUAGGAGGUUGUCAAGCAUUGUUUUGUAUAGUAGCUGAUGAAAUGGUAACGUUGUUUCGUCGGUGCUAGGCAUACAUUUCCAGAUUUUGAAUGGGAAUGUGUUUUGGUGUCUGUAGGUUUGUUUGGAUAGCAUGGCUUAGUACAAAGAAUGUUUUGAAGACCACUCUGGUUGAUGUUACAUUCUAGAAGGUGUGCUUUGAGAUCGAUUGUAAAGGAAAAUACUAAAAAAAAAAGAAAAAAAGAAAAACAAGAUUCAGACUUGUUGAUUUACA